AAAGGCGUUUUCCCAGUCUGUGUAGACUUGGAGAUUUCACUUCCUCUUUCUCUACACGCGUGCUGGGUUUGUGGUUGAUCCUGCGAAGCAUUCACCAGUUAAGAAGAAGAUUAUGGAAGAUGCAGAAGGUUACAUGGUAGUAGAACCUUCAAGGCAGGUCUACACGGACGCUUUUUCCAAGAAGAUGGAAGGUCCUUCGAAAUGCUGCAAAAUCACACUCUGGAUCAUACUGGGAGGAAGCAUUGCUGUGAAUGUGGCCCUAAUUGUUCUUCUGAUAGUAUUACAGACACAAAGUGCUUUCUACCCAUCGACUUCAACCAAUUCAUGCGGAUGGAUCCCAGGUAGCUCAAUAGCCUCCGUGACCUUUGACCCAAACACUGCUCAUCGCCGCAUUGUCAUCUCUAGGGAUCAGAAAACUGCGACAUGGGGAAAGGAAGAACAACCACUUCCCGAUAGCGAUAAAAGAUUUAGCCCACGGGUGUGGGUUCUGGGCCAGAAUGGGUUUAGGUCAGGAAAACACUGCUGGGAGGUGGAAAUAAAACACGAUGGAGAAUGGGCUGUGGGCGUUGCCAGAGAGUCAGUGAAGAGAAAAGGAAUGACCGAUUUUAGCACCAAAGAAGGCAUCUGGGCCAUUGCAGAAUAUUUUGGGAAAGCAAAUUACGUCGCUUUUACUGCGCCACAACACACCAGGCUUUCUUUUGGAAAGAAACCCCGGCGGAUUCGUGUGUUUUUGGACUACCUCUAUCAAGAAGUGGAAUUUUUUAACGUAGAAACAAAGACUACCAUAUUCUCUUUCUCAAACGCCUCCUUCUCUGGAGAAAGAAUCUACCCCUGGUUCCGGGUUUGGGACGGAACUGAGCUGACGCUUCAUCCCUAAUGCCCAGCACUUUAUUGAAAAAGGGAGCUCCUUCUCAAGCCACUCUGCUUGAGGUAUGGUAGGAGCUGGGUGGUGUUUCAUGUUUGGAAAGUGGCCCUGUGAGGUGUACUACUUGGGAUGGUGAACAUUUUGUAAUCAUGGCUCUUGCAGAAAUGUGUUGUGCCCCAGGCCCAAGUAGGUAGUAAUAAACUUAGUCCAUGGAAAAACAAACUUUAUUCGAACAGCUGGGAAUUACUUCAUUCCCAGCAUCGUUCAACUCAAAGUAAAACAAAUGCCUCCCAACCCAAAUUCCUCCGUUAACUCACAAACCUUGGUCCAAUUAGGCAAACUGCCAAAGGCCCUUCCUGGCAAGCAUCUAGAAGCCACAAAAACAAGACGUACACGAAGCAGAGGAUGAAGCAGAAGACGCAGCUACAACGUUGUUUUCCAGCAAAGCUGAAACACCAGUGCUGAUCUGUUUUAAGCCUUAUGGGAGGGACCAAUAAUAUCUUGGCCCUACUCCCAAGUUGUCCUCUCUGCUUGAGCUGCUCUUGCCUUCUGGCAGCUCUUCUCAGGCAUGCAUUAGGAACAGGCUCCUCCCUCUGCCUCACUACUAUCAGUUUCUGGAGGCUCUGGAGUCCGCACCUCACUUCCCAAUGGCCCUGGCCUCACCUCAGCCUCAUUGCUGUCCGACUCCGGUGCCAGCUCUGUAGGCUGAUGAUGAACCACAACAAAAUGCUUACUUCAACCAUUCAUACAAGACACCCUAACCUUCUUUCACCUAAUACCUUUCGGAAAUUUUAGGAAUUGUAGAUAUGUCACUAGUUUGGGGAAGCCUCGUCUAGACUGUGUAAAAGGUUGCAACCUAGUUUAAUUCUGGGCAGUCACAAGAGUAAGAUAUGCAGAUAUCUCCACAGAUAUGAGUAAGCUUUUGUAAUUUCAAACUAUGGGUCUUUCCAAUGGAGGCCCAUUGUAUUCCCACAGUAUUCCCACCCCUAUGGUCCAAGAUAAUCACACAGGUUGGUUGUGGGGAGAGGCGCACAGGUUGGUUGUGGUGCAAAUGGUGGUUGAAAUUGCACAAUAUUUUAGCAAAAUUCCUCAGGAUUUUGGUAGAGCAUAAAUGUUUGGUGUGCCCAUGAGCAACAACAUGAGAUCCAUGCAUCACAGCAGUAGUGGGCGUUACACUACCAACUUACUUACGUAACAAUUUGUGAUAAGGUUAAAGUUUGCAUAAAGAAAAAGAUCUAGGAAAUGCCAACUAUUCAAAUUUCAGCACCUUGAGUAGUCAAGAUAGAAUUCCAUCCUUGAAUCUUAAGCGUUGUGCGAAUAUUCCUAAUGCUAUGAGCCACGUCUGAUCUUUCUUAAAGUUGGGCAGAUAUGUAAUUGAAAUACAUUUUACCUAAGCCGAAAUGAAAUAAAUCACAUCAUGACUUAGGUGAUUCGUGUA